UAUAAUUUCUAGCUCAUACUUACUUUUCUAUAACGUACGUAAACAAUAUUUUAAGAACAGGAAUUUGAGGCUGGAUAAGGAAUAGAGGCUGGAGAAAAUACGUAAAAUAGAACGAAAACAAAUUCGGCCUCGCGAAAAUCUGCUUCGCACUCAUGGCCGAGGGCAGCAGUCCAGCGUCCAAACCUGCCUACCUCACGCAGUACUUCGCUGCGCUGUCAGUGUCGGUGAGCUCGAUUGCUGUAGGUGCAGUGCUUGGCUUCAAUUCCCCGGCGUCUUUCCAGCUCCGCGCUGCACACGAUGUCAUCACUGCCAACCCAACCAAGGUCUUCGUUCAUGACCGCGUCACUCAUUAUAACGACUCUAAUGGCCACCUAAGCUACGAAAAUGACGGAGUACAUUACAACUUUACAUCUGGAAAUUUUAGUUAUAGAGGCAACACGACGAACCUUCUUGGCUCCAAAAUCAUGACUGACACUGACAUGUUCGAUGGCCGCAAAACCUUCAAGGGCGAACCGCUUCUCGAGGCUGGAGCUUCACCCAUGGUGAUGACCAGCGAGGAGCUGUCGUGGUUCAUGUCGGUUUUCGCUUUGGGGGCCCUCGUCGGGGGGCUGUUGAGCGGUCUCCUCAUAAACGCGAUGGGUAGACGGGGAGCUUUAUUGGUCUCCGCCGUCCCUUCCCUGCUGGGCUGGCUUAUGACAGGUUUGGGCACCAACUUGCCCACGCUGGUGCUGGGCAGGGCGCUCUCUGGCGUGUACAUCGGCCUGAGUUCUGCUGCAGGAAACGCCUACGUCGGGGAGAUCGCCUCCAGCAACAUCAGGGGGAUAUUAGGCAGUUUCUACGAACUCUCGCUGGCCUUGGGCAUACUGCUGGUGAUGUUGGUGGGGGCGUUCACGACGUGGCAGAAUUUGGCUCUGAUCUGCACGAGCCCGACCCUCGUCUACGCCGUCCUCAUCUUCUUCUGUAGGGAGUCGCCUGCUUAUCUCCUCAUGAAGGGCAGGGAGGCUGAAGCACGAGCGGCUCUGCAGCACUUCAGGGGUGCUUGUAUUGUUAAUGUAGGCAUUGAAGUACUUACAUCAAAUCUCAGCUCUAUAUUCAAGAACUCUGGCAGCGAAAUGUCAGAAGACCUGAGCAGCAUCCUGUGCAUCGUCGUGGAGAUCCUGGCAGGGAUAGCAGCCGUGUUCCUCGUCGAGAAGGCAGGCAGGAAGUGCCUGUUGGUUUCAUCGUCGGCGGUCCUGGCCGCCAGUCAUUGCAGCCUGGGCCUCUUUUUCUACAUGCUCACCGUUGAUGAACAAUGGACGAGAAAAUUUUUGUUUUGGCUUCCAUUGACGGCGCUCAUGACUUACGUUAUCGCCUUUGGGAUUGGAUUAGGAGCUGUAAUCUGGAUUCUGAUGGGGGAGAUGCUGCCGCCCCUUGUGCGGGAGACUGCGGCAGGACUGACUGUGGCAGGCAUGUGGGCGGCGUCCUUCAUCACCGUCCACUCCUACGAGUUCCUGCAGAGCGAGCUGCGGGGCUACGGCUUCCACUGGCUGUACUGCGGCAUCUGCGUACUUGGCACUGUGUUCUCUGCCACUGUAGUGAAGGAAACUAAAGGGAUAACUCUGGAAGAAAUAACCAAGCUCUUUAUGAAGAAAGAACCUCUAGAUGAAACACGAGGCUCUCCGGAGUGAUGACUAUGCCGUUCAUUUGUAAAUGCCUUGCAUAGUGUCGAGAACAACGGUAAUUAUGGAGCUGAUACUACCUUAUUUUGUGAUCAAUGCUUAAUAUUAAAUAAAGAUGAUAUUGUUUAGAAAAUUUGGCAAUUGGCAAGCACAUUUUUUUGCAAUGACUAGUCAGCGAUUAAAGUUAAAAAGUAAUUUUCAAUAGGUUUCAAUUUACAAUUCAUUGUACGAUUGUGAGGUACUGCCUUAAGAUAAUGGUUAUCAUUGUGAUUGAGAUUACCUUUAUAUAAUUUAAAUUUAAUAUUCAUACAGUUUUAUUAAUUGAAGAUAAUGGGCUUCGUGCUGUAAUUUGCAGGUUCGAUGAUCUGUUUUAUACAUUGUUCGGUUUCUUGGAUUCGUGCACUAGAGAACAGACGACACAGUUUAAUCUAUUACGAUGUAAUGCAGGUUCAAAUUAAUACUGAAUGAUAAUUCCGUCCUAUGAGGUAUUUUCAUUGUGUGCUCAGAUUCCAAAUAACUAUUCAAAAUUAAUUGAAAUAAUCAUCUAGUAUUUCUUCUUGAAAAUGAUUAGGUGUAUCCACCGUUCUAAUUAGCAACGUUGUUAAUUCGGAGAUGAUUAAUCGUUCCGGUGACGCGGAUCUUAUCGCACUGCAUUGAAGAUGUGAAUGAAGAUGAAUGAUGAUUGAAGAUGAAUAAUGAAGAUGAUUGAAGAUGUGAAUGUGUCAAGAUGAACCAUUUGAGUGGGUCGAUAGCUCGUCAAGAGAUGAAUACGGUAUACUUUUUGACUCACUUGCACAUUUGUAGGUCAGUAAGAUUUGCUCUAGUGAGCUAUCCAGGCAGUCCCGUUUGAAUAAGUGCACGCGCAAUAAAACGUAAAUUUUGGGCAAAUCUGAACUGUGAGGCCAAGAAAAGUUUUAGGCGACGUCAGGAAAAAUACGGUAACGUCAGGAAAAAUACGGCGACGUCAGGAAAAAUACGGCGACGUCAGGAAAAAUACGGCGACGUCAGGAAAAAUACGGCGACGUCAGGAAAAAUACGGCGACGUCAGGAGAAAUACGGCGAUGUCAGGUAAAAUAAGGCGACGUCAGGAAAAAUACGGCGACGUCAGGUAAAAUACGGCGAUGUCAGGAAAAAUACGGCGACGUCAGGUAAAAUACGGCGAUGUCAGGAGAAAUACGGCGACGUCAGUGCACAUGAUUGUCGUUCAGUGCUGUUCUCUUUGUAAUCACAUUGAUAUUUAUUGAGUCAUUAAACAAUGUUCCGUAAUUUUCAGUGAAAUUUAUAUUUUCGCAGUAAAUAAAGACUAUCGACAAGUAA